AAAUUUCCCACAAAAUAAAAUAAAAAUAAAAAUAACACAAAAAAAGCGAAUAACAACCCACGGGACUGCUUCGACCCACAUGCGUGUCAGUAAAGGAAGGCCCCCACCUCACCCCCCUCGUGCUCGCUUCCCAUUCGUCCACGUAUCCUCCCUCCUCUUCUCCCCGACACGUGUCUCCCUGAUCGACGGCCCAGAUCCCCCCUCUCGCAUUCAGCGUCUCUACGUCACACCAACUGUUAGUGUCGGAUCAUUCAUUUCCCCUGUCCUGCCCUAGACGGUGACGGGCAGCUGCCCGCCAAUCAACUACUUGUAUAAUGUGCCUCUCUCUCCCUUUUAUGCUGCUGGGUCCUUCUCCACUCUCCUUCCAAAAAAUUUUCAUAUCUUCGAUCUCGCUUCUCACCUUCUUCAAUUCUGUGAUUUUUCCUGCUGUUUUGUGUUUUUGGAGAGUGUUGAUUUGAUUUGAUUUUAUUUGAGUUGUUUUUUGAUUCGGAUGGAUGGCUGGAAUGUGCUGUGAAGUGAAUCUCGCUGAGACGGAGACGUCUGCACCGGUGCAGCCGACCUCGAGGUCCGCCAGGAGGAGGAGGAUGGAAAUCCAUCAGUUCAAGUUCGUCCCCACCGAUUCCGCGGUGGCGCCGCCGCUCGACGGCCGCGGGAAGAGGAAGCGCCAGAGAUGCGAUGCCGUUGUUCCGGUUUUGCCGCCUAGAGAGUGCGAGGUCGCCGCUCGGAGCUGUGAGAAGUUGAAUAAGCUCGCCGGUGAGGUGGAGCCGGAGGCGAAGCAGUUACGUGUAUCGGCGUCGGCGGUGGCAACUGAGGCUGAGGUGGCUCCGGAUUUUCCGAAGUUCGGGAUGACCUCCGUGUGUGGACGGAGAAGAGAUAUGGAAGACGCUGUUGCAAUUCACCCCUCUUUUAGCGGCCUAAGCCCUAAUUUCCCCAGCGGGAUGCAUUUCUUUGGCGUCUACGACGGCCACGGCUGCUCGCAUGUCGCAACGAAGUGCCGAGAUAGGAUGCACGAGAUCGUGAAAGACGAGCUCCAAACCGGAGGCUCGUCGUCGUGGGAGCGAGUCAUGUGCGAGAGCUUCUCGAAAAUGGAUAAGGAAGUCGGCGACUGUAGCAGCGGCCGUGACAGCACCUGCUGCGUCUCCGCCUGCCGCUGCGAGCUCCAGACUCCGCAGUGCGACGCCGUCGGCUCCACCGCCGUCGUCGCCGUCGUCACCCCCGACAAGAUCGUCGUGUCGAAUUGCGGUGAUUCCCGCGCCGUGCUGUGCCGCAAUGGCGUCGCGAUUCCCCUCUCCGUCGAUCAUAAGCCGGACCGGCCAGAUGAGCUGAACCGGAUCCAAGAAGCCGGCGGCCGAGUCAUUUUCUGGGACGGCCCUCGAGUUCUCGGAGUCCUGGCCAUGUCCCGCGCAAUUGGCGAUAAUUACUUGAAGCCGUUCGUGAUAUCGGAGCCGGAGGUGACGAUCACGGAGCGGGCGGCGGAGGACGAGUGCCUGAUCCUGGCGAGCGACGGGCUGUGGGACGUGGUGUCGAACGACACGGCGUGCGGGGUGGCGCGCAUGUGCCUGCAGUCGCGGAAUCCGCCGUCGCCGCCGAGAUCGCCGGGGAACGACAUGAGCGUGACGGCGGCGGGGGAGAGCUCCGACAAGGGCUGCUCCGACGCGUCGAUUCUGCUCACGAAGCUGGCGCUGGCCCGCCACAGCACCGAUAAUGUGAGCGUAGUGGUGGUGGAUUUGAGGAAGAGCCCUUGAAAAAAAUUGCAAUGGGCUUUUUCGUAAUUUCUCCUUGAAUUAAAAAAACUAGGAGAUCUAGUGAGCAUAUAUUUAGGUAUUAUUAUUGCUAAUACGUGUUAUAAUCAAAAGGGAAUUGUUAUUUGAAAUAUGAUAUUAUAUGAUAUGAUAUUAUAUGAUUUUCAAGAAAUUAGGUUUUAGUACAUAGCUAUUUGAGUUCUUUCAAGAAAUAUUGUAAGGAGCGCCAAAGCAGAUCAAUUCUGCAUUUCUCGAAAUGAAAUUUGUCUAAAUGUUUUUUU